AUGACUACCAUGCACGAAGUUUCUUUCACCUGGCCCCACACCAAUGCGCGCGACGUUGUCCUCACGGGUACAUUCGACAAGUGGUCCCGCUCCAUACACAUGAGCCGCACCGGCGGCGGCUACGAGAGCCGCGUGGCCGUGCCCUGGGGCGAAAAGGUCGCAUACAAGUUCAUCGUCGACGGGCGGUGGACGACGAGCGACCAGCAGCCGACCGAGCGGGACCGCGCGGGAAACCUGAACAACGUAUACCAUGCGCCCCAGCCUGCUCCUGCUCCUGAGCCCGUGAUGGUGGAGGAGAAGGAGGUGCAGGCGGACCCGGUGUCGCCGACAGAUGCAGAGUACUCGACCCCGCACUCUGGAGCUUCUGACGCUGGCGUCGUCGUUCCAGAGGAGACGGAGAGCACCGAGCCUGAAGCUGAAGCUGAAGCCGAGGCUGACGGUCUCACUCCCGACACGCCGAUCCUCGUCGAAGAGCCCGAGACGAUCGCCGAGGCCGUCGACGACAUUCGACGCACGGACGACGCUGAGCCCGCCGUUACCGUUCCCGAGGAAACGAGCACUACGGCCCAGGAGGCUGCGAGUACCGCCGCGGUCGCCCCGACAGCCCCCAUCGCCAUCGUUCCCCUCCUGCCACUGACAGAGCAGCCCCCCGCCUACGCGCGCGAAUCCAGACCCGCCACCGACCCGGUAACGUCGCCCCCCGUCGAGAUCGUUGCGACGGCCGAGCGGGCCCAUAUCCCAGUCGACGAGGUCAUCCCCACUGUACCCUCCAAAGAGGACGCAGAGGACCCAUCCACGCCCCCUGCCGAGGCAGCGAUCGCAGCAGAGAAGAGCAACAGCUUGCCACCCGCCCCUGGGAUACCACCGCCCAGCGAAAAGAACAAACAAGACACCGCCCGCACUCGAUCGCCCACGACCGAGAAGCAGCCGCCCGCAUCCCUGUCGGCGCCCAGCUCGCCCGCGGGCAAAACAGGCAGCCGUCUCAGCAGCAUGCGCCUCACGCUGCCCCGGCACAAGCGCCAGGCGUCGCUCGCCGCCUCGACCUCGCAGACGUCCGAGGACGGCACGCUCUCGACGGCGGACAACAGCCCCCCCGGCUCGCGGUUCGGCACGGUCAGCGGGUCGCCGUCCAAGCGCCGUUCCAUCUUCACCAAGAUCAAGGACGCCUUCUCGGACAAGGACAAGAAGGAGCAAAAGUCGCGCGCGAGGCGCGAGGCCACGAUGUCGUGA